UCUUGUUUUAAUUCUUGCAACAAUACUGCUGCAUUCAUGGAUAAAGAGGAUUAAAGUCUGAAAAAAAACGGUUACAGUCUCGUGCUCAGAAAAUGCAGACUAUACCAUUAUGUGCCAUUAAAUUUAAGACGUGUUUCUUGAUUGACAUGUAAAGUUGCAAAUGUAUUUGUUUUAUUGUGGAACUUACACUGCCCUCAAUUAGGUUUUGCCCUUCUUUAGUUAGCAAAUGCAUAGAAAUGUAAAUUGUAGGCCCCUUUCUUGAUAUCCACGAUUGCUUGCUCUGCGCGGAUCCUGUCCCGGAAGCCUGUGAUUAGAAAGAAGGCAUCAACGAUGGUGCAAGAUAGACGGUUUAAUACGGUGGUCCUGCACUUCAUCAUCUGUGCCUGGUAUGUGUUUACUGUGGCACAGAACAUGGCAAUUACUUCUUUGCGCAGUCAUCCUGGUGUGUCAGCUUUCGGCGGCCGAUGGAAGUAUCUGACCUUUAUAAACCUCGUCUUGCAGGCUGUUUUUUUCAGUAUCUGCUUCCUUGCUGACAUAGGACAGCUGUGGGACAAAGUCAAGGAAAAGCAGAGUCUUUCUACCUUAGUUUCAUUCCGAGAUGGUCUCUUCUCAGUACUGGCCUUCCCUGUAGGCACAUUUGUUGUCAUCUCUUUUUGGGCACUGUACACUUAUGACCGAGAACUCGUGUUUCCUAAGCAUCUAGACGCAAUCAUUCCAACUUGGCUCAAUCAUGCCAUGCACACCUUUAUUCUUCCAUUGUUGUUAGUGGAACUGUAUGCUGUAAGACACCAGUAUCCAAAGAAAAAACAUGGACUUUUGGGACUUGCAGUAUUCUGCAUCUUAUAUCUUGUGUGGGUGUUCUACAUUAAAUAUGCUGCUGACAUUUGGGUAUAUCCUGUCCUAGCACAACUGAGUCAUGUUGGAAUGGUUGUGUUUUUCAGCCUUUCAUUUCUGAUAUUUGCAUAUUUGUACUUCCUUGGAGAGAUGCUCAGCAUGAGAUUUUGGGGUAAGUCUGAACACAGCAGGAAGAAAGCAGAACAUAGCAGGAGGAGAGACUAAGAUGACACAAAGAAGAACAUGAAAGCACAAACACAGAUGAACCCACCAUAUACCUGCCACCUGCCUUUGAAAUUUGUAUUUUUUUUUUCUCCUGAUGUUUGAAAUUAAAUUGAAAUUACGUUGACAUAUGUCUAAAACAAAGCAAGUAAGGAUAAUGUAAGAUUGUAGGUUAUUUUUUAACAUAGCUGUUCAAUCACAUAAGUGUGGCUAUGUUAAACAGACGAGGGAGAAUCUGUAUAAAAGUGUUGCCCUUUAUUAGCUCUCUGCAUAUGAUUGUAAAAAUCUGUUGAAGAACACUGUACUGAUUUGUGUUAAUGUUAUCCUUAGCUUCAGUUGGUUUAACUUUUACAGAGAGCAGGGUGUAUUUGUAGUAUUCUUACUGGUGUAUUCUAUACCCUUCUCCUUGAAUCACUUCAUGUAUUGAGUCAUUGACCUAUGCUUGUCUAUCCAUCCUCCAACUUUGCUGCAUGGUGUAUUCAUCGUCCGGCAUUCCACAGUCAUUACCUAUUGCAGAGUGUUACAACAGGAGGUGCAGCUAUCCUUUCUCAUUGGACUGCUGUUGGAUAAUGUCUCUGCCAUCCAGCAGACUGGCAGCUUGCAGACAUAGUCAGAUUUACUACUGUGUUAGUCUAUUAAACCAGCAAAACCCUCUACAGAAGGGAAACAUCCUUUCACAGCUGAAGAGCAUAUGUGUAGAACUUCAAAAAGAUCAAAGCAUUGUUUGAUUCCAUGAUCAUUUUGCAAAGUGAAACAACUUUAAUUAAAUAUUAAAACAUGCCUGUCUUACAAAACCA